CUUUGCAAUAGGCAUGUGACCCGAAAUGAGCCUUUAAGGAUCUGGAUUUGGGUACUGAAAUGUUGGCUAUUAAAACCCGCAACUUGCCUUCUUGUCACACAUACCUGCUCAAACGAGUCGGGCGGACUUCACACACAUGGAUCCCAAGCGCAAAACCCAGAUUGAACUCUCCUUUUCGGGAGAUAGAUCUGACACCUCUUCAGAGAACCCUACGAGCUCAAAAUUACGAGGCUUUACCAAUAGGACUAGCCCAAUCGGCCGCAACCUGUUUAAGCCAUCGAAUGUAUCCCAGCCCCAUAUAGAGAGUACUAGCGAGAAACACGACACUUCGGUGGGGAAUCAUAGCGAUUCGUCCCGAGCUUUGAUUUCUAAGGACUCAACACGUCCCCUAGAUAUCAACUGGUGCUCGCCAUGGAACAGAUACGAGGCCAGUUGCAAGUUGUCUGACUUAGGCGGAGAAUUGUGGACGGCAACGUCGUGGGUUAACAUAAGACGGUUUCCGCGCGGCAUCGCCGAACAGACCCUUCGCAAGUUUCGAAGUAUCAAGCACCAGAAUAUCGUGGCUUUCUACGAAGCUUAUAUGACAGACGACUAUCUCCACGUCGUACUAGAGGACAUGACCUUCAGUUUGCUUCACAUUGUGAAAAGCCUGCGCUACCCAAACGAAGCGCAGCUUGGCACUAUUCUGAGACAGGUGGUAGACGGCAUUUGCUUCUUGGAAGAAGAAGGAUGGGACCAUCCUCUUCUCGAUUGUGACAACAUUCUCGUUAGUGAUAGAGGCUUGGUAAAGAUAGCGAACCAGCAACUCUGCCAGCCACCUACUGGCCAGAGUAGUCGUCGACACCUUGAUGCUCUUGGCAAUGUCACACAGUUACUCAUGCAGAAGUUUUGCAAGGAGAGACCUGGCAUUGACGACAUGGAUCGCUGGCCACCCGACUCGGACGGUUUCACGUUCCUUGCCUCCAUCGAGUCAGCAAGCUCGAUCAAGGAAUUACAGCAGCAUCCUCUUAUGCGAUAUCGGGAUAUCGGUUGCCUUCGUACGCUCAUAAGGCUUACACAAGUGACUGUUUUCCCACGGGUUUAUUCUUUGGAACUGCCAGAGGAUGAAAACAGUUCUCCCAUCGGAGACCCUCGGUACCAUGAGGUUCAGCCAGUGCAGCAUUGAUACUCGUUGCUUCCGCAG